UUCCUCAUACAUGAGCACUUGCUGCUGGGCUGUCUCUAUAAACAGUUACAGUCAAACAACUGCGCGCCGGGGGAGGACCGGACUUUUUAACCACUGAUCCAGUUAUCAGAGGCAUCACCUAUGAGUGGAUUUAAGGGUUAGAAUCAUCUCUGCAGACAGACCAGUGACGAAUAAUGGAGAAACCAUCCCAGCAGGCUCCGGUGAAUUCGGAGCGGCCACUGUUUCCAAACAGCAGAAGGAGUUUCAGCUUUUCCUCUCUCCGUGUUAAAAAAAGAAGCAACAGCUCAGAGGAGGCAGGAUUCACACGGAGGAGAGGGCUCCGCUCAUUUUCAUCCUUACGGGAGGAAUCAAGAAAAGAGCCUCUACCUGAUGAAGUUGGAGCCUUGCAGCCAUUCAGGACUCAGGACCAGCUGAAGACCGGUGAGCAGCCCAAAGGUAACCUCAUCUCUGACGUCACUGGAAAGCACAACCUCCCCUCGAGUGAAGAUGAAGCAGAACGACCAGGGGCACUCAAGAGGUUCAGCGCCAUGUGGUCGUCGUUCCGAAGAAAAAGAGACAAAGGCAAAGACCAAGAGCCUGAGGAGACGCCGGGCCCCGCGGUUGAAGACAAAAACUCCCAUCAGUACAAAUACGUCAGCGGUCAGUACUUCUUCGAGUACCUGGUGGUGGUCAGCCUCAAGAAGACGAAAGACGGCAGCAACUACGAACCUCAGAUCACGUACCAGUUUCCAAAGAGAGACGGGAUGGCGAGAUAUCAGAAAGAGGAAGAGGAGAAGACGCUGAAGGCCAUCACUCUCUUUUGUUUCCCUGAGGGAAUCAACUGGGCCCCUCUGACAGAAUACCACAGUGAGACGUUCUCCUUUGUUCUGACUGAGAUUGACGGCAGCAGAAGAAACGGGUACUGCAGGAGGUUACUGCCUGGGGGAAAGGGAGCUCGGCCACCCGAGGCGUACUGCAUCAUCAGCUCACUCGCUUGUUUUGGCCUCUUCUCCAAAAUAUUUGACGAGGUGGAGAAGCGGCGGCAGAUCUCCAUGGCCAUGAUCUACCCAUUCAUGCAGAAGCUGAGGGAGGCUCCAUUCCCAGCUCCGGGAAACACAGUGGAGAUUAAGAGCUUCAUUCCUGAGUCGGGCACUGAGAUCAUCAGUCUGACCCGGCCGCUGGACUCCUGGCUCGAACACGUGAACUUUGGUACGCUGUUCAGCUGUCUGACAGACGAGGAGGUGCUCGUCGUGUUCGGUGCCGCCGUUCUGGAGAGACGGAUUAUCUUCAUCGCUGAUGAACUUGGCACCUUAUCUCAGAUCAUUCAUGCCGUGGCGGCGCUGCUUUACCCGUUCACCUGGCAGCACACGUUCAUCUCCAUCGUACCUGAGAUCCUGAUCGACGUGGUGAUGGCGCCCACCCCGUACCUGCUGGGAGUCCAGAAACGUCUGCUGGACCUGGUCACCGACCAGGGAGACCUGCUGGUGGUCGACGUCUCUGAGGAUAAAAAGGAGACCUUCAUUGUCUCUAUUGGUGAUGAAAGCUCGAUUCUUCCUCCAAAGCUCCAAGCUGAAAUCAUGGAGGCUCUCAGCAGCAGACAGAAGGCUUCAACGGGGGAGGAGCUGAACCGCGUGGUGUCAGAAGCUUUCCUUCACUUCUUCGUGAGGACGGUUGGUCAUUACGCCUCGUAUGUGAAAUACAGCCGCUCAGGGGAGCCGGGGGUGUUUGAGAAGAGGAAUUUCUACAAGGCCAUCGAGUCCAAAACCACCCGACACUUUGUCAAGAAGUUCAUCCAGACGCAGAUGUUUGACCUUUUUAUCCAGGAGGUGGAGCAGCAGCAGCCUGGGCCGCAGCAAGGAAUAUUUCACAAAAAGAUUUUGGAGUACCAGGAGAAGAAGAAGCGGGAGAAGAUGAGGAAACACUAGCUGUGAGCGUGACUGAGAAGCUGUGUAAAUAAAGGAGAACAUAGGAGACGAUGUGAAUGUUGCACUGUGUGUUUUUCUGUCCUGUGCUGGUUUUUAAAUAAUUAAUGUGUGAAUUACUGUACGGCGAUGUUGCUGCUACUCUGUGAAACACUGGCAGAAUGAGAGACUUCAGCUCCAGAGUCGGCCGCAGUCUGUCGCUGACGAGCAGGAAAUCAUUUCAAAUAAAGACUAAUUUUUUUUAAGUCAAAA